ACUCAAUAUGCAUCCUUUAAAUCUUCGUCUCUUCUAUCCAUUUUUGUGUAUAAAUUCUAUAUUCAACCAUUACUAACUAUGUGAUUUUGUUAAUGGGAUUUUUUAUGGUUAUAUCGAACUGAUUGUGAAAGAUUAUAGAAACAAAAUAUGUUUUCCUGUUCUCUUUUUAUGAUUUUCUUUGAAUUAAUGAAUUUUAUUUAUGUGUAUUUCUUAUUGUUAACUUCAUUAUAGAACAAUAAAUUUCAAUUUUCAGAUUACUUUUAAAUUAAAUGGAUGAGUAAAAAAAAGAGACACUCGAAAAGCUCUUGUAAUUCUCGUAGUCGUCGAACAUCUCUUUCUCAUCAAAAGUUUUCUCCUUAUGACAGGAUAUGUUUGAACUUUUCUAUAAAUGUAUUUAUAAAAAUCAGAAGUGUUUUGUCACUCUUUCGAACAGAAUAUGAUAAAUUAUCUUUUAAUCUACCUUCAAGCAGAAAUUCGCAAAUUUCUCAUUAAUUUAAAAAGGACAGUUAAUUAGAUCUGAUUAAUAAUUGUUAGAUAAAGAAAGAACUUCGUUCUUUUCCUAAAACAAAUUUUCUGAAACAACAUUCAAUUCUCUACAAACUCGCAUUAGUUUUCUAAUCAUUACUGAUAUCUUUUGAGUCAUAAAUAAAGAAAUUUUCUCAUGUAAAAUGAUGUUUUCUACCAAAACUGGAUUUCACAAUACGCCUUUUUACCUGUUAAGACAUUACUGAGAAAUUUUCAAAAGUUGGGCGAUCGAUAGAGUUUUGCAGCGGCUACAUUCUGAUCGAUCUGAUUUUCAAAAAAGCCUUUUUUCUUUAGGCUAUAGUAAGGAAAUAAAGAAAAAAGCACUGUACAAGAGCUUUUCAAGUGUCUUCUUUUCUUUGCUCAUCCAUUUAAUUUAAAAGUAAUCUGAAGCACAUGCAGCUGGUAUUUUUUGUAGAUGACGAUAAGAUUAGACGUGUAGCCUUUCGUAUGAUGGAGAUAUAGGCUUCAACUUUUUUCCAGGAACUUUUGCAUUACCCGUUAAUAAAGAACUAUGUUGACUACUGAGAAAAAUUAACAUUCAAAAGUAUUGUUAAAUUGCUUGAAGAACGUCUUAUCUGUUUUUCUAUAUCCUUUAGUAUGAUAGUGAUAAAGUUGAUAAACAUGAAAAAGAAAUAAUUGAACAAUUACAAGAAAUUGAGAUUCAAUUAUAAAAACAAUUACCAUCAACAACAUCGAUUAAUGAUAAAAUUCGAAAUGUUAAAGUAACGUUUGAUGCAACAAAUGCUGAAUUUGAACGAGCAAGAAAUGAUGCAAAAGAAGCGAGAGAAAAUUUUGAACGAAUUAAAAAAGAACGUUAUGAACGUUUUAAUUCACUUUAUAAACAUGUUUCAAAUUGUAUCGAUGAAAUUUAUAAACAAUUGACAAAUUCACAAGCGGCUGUUGCUUGUUUUACAAUUGAAAAUAGAGAAGAACCCUAUUUGGGUGGUAUUACGUACAAUUGUGUAGCACCUGCAAAACGAUUCAAGCUAUGGAAAAUUUGCCGUUUUAAACCGGCUUCAUUUUUUCUCUUGGAUGAAGUUGAUGCUGCUUUGGAUAAUACAAAUAUUGGAAAAGUAUAG